AUGAUUCCGACACCACCAUUGUACUUCUCUUGCACAAGGCUACAAACCCCACCAAAAAUAUUUCCCAAAGCUCACCGGAAAAUUUCACCGGAAUUUCAAGCCAUUGCCGGAUUCGUCGAUUUUUCACGGAUGUCUAUGUCUACAUCUAGGAAGCGCCCGACUGCUGGUCGAGGCAAAGCCCCGACAAGAAAUCAAAGCGAUGCUCCCGAUGUCCCAAGGUAUCUGGAUGCCAAGGCAGCCGAAAACUACACAAAGAGCUUGCCUAGAAAAGUUGCAUCUACCAAAUUCAUGUGCAAGCCCACGCUUAUAUCACUUAGGGUUGUCGAAGGGGUCACCCAAUUGUUCCGUAACAUUGGGUGGGAAAACCUUGUCAACCUCAUGGUGCACACUUACGAGCUCCCCACUAGAGAGUUUCUCGCCGAUAGCGGGUACGACAACAAAAAAAGGAAAGCUGCAUUCCAACUUCUAGGGGACCGAAGGUACAUCGAUUUUGCAACGAUAAACGACAUCUUGGGCUUGCCUUCCUCAAACACAUCUACAAUUUUUGACAUCCUACCUGCUGAGUUCAAUCAUGAGACAUUUUGGACGGAAAUCACCAGGGGUAUCUUCUCGUGUGCCAGUCAGGAUAAAGCAACAUCUAUCAUCCACCCAUGCCUCCGCAUUGCCCAUCACAUCCUGGUGUGUAUAGUUUUUGCUCGCAAAGAAGACGACUAG